GGUGGGUGGUUUAAGGUGAUGGAUACGUGGGGGCUGCGUCCUCCUCCAUCGUGGGAGUCGCUGCGUUAAGGGCUCUGUACCGGGAAGAACGUCCGUCCGUGCGUAAAGACAGAGAUGCUCGGUGGCCACGUCCCCUUGGAGACUGGAGAGACAACACGUGAUGAGCUUUACUUAUCAGGUUUAGAGGGAGAGAGACACCGCGACACGCCGAGAGAGAGAGAGAGAGACAGAGAGGGGAGGGGAGACGGAGCUAAAAGUCCGGACAGGAAUUAAAAGAAAAUAGCAAACUUUAUAUUUUCCCCUCGACCUUUUGUUGAGUUUUUGCAGCUUUCCUCCUUCUUUCCCCGGGAGAGGAGACAGAGCGAAGGGAAGGGAAGGGAAGGGAAGGGAGGAAGAGAACCAGAAGAGGAGGAGGAGGAGGUGGUAGGGGAGGGGAGAGGAGGGGAGGGAGGGGAGGAGGAGAAGCCGGAGUAAAGUUUGGCCAAGUUGCACAUCCCUUCGGAAACGCCAUUUUGAUUUCUCUCCUCUCCGGAGCAAGUUUGCAGCCUCUCUCUCCCUUCUUCUUUUUUUUAUUUUUAUUUUUUCCCUCUUCAUCCCCUUUAUCAUUCACCAUCACCGCCGUUCAUCAUCAUCAUCAUCAUCAUCAAGCCCCCACCACCACCACCUCCACCAUCAUCCUCGCCACGAUGUCUCGGCGCAAGCAGCCCAACCCCAACAAAGUCAAGCUGUGAGCAGUGGUUGCAGACACACACACAACAAACCCCCCGAGACUCGAACGAACGAGCGAGCGUUGCUUUACGAAAAGGACGGCAGUCAUGGAAAACUCCACAGAGGAGCCGCAAGAAGAGGGAGGAGCCAACACUGAGAUAAACGAGGAGGAGGAGCUAAAGGAGGAGAGAAGCCACAAUAACCUCAAAGGAGCGAUAAACGGAGUGAUGGAGGGAGGGAAGGAGGCGGCGAACGGAGGAGAGAAGCUACAGAACGGAGACCAAGGUGGAGGAGGAACCAUAGAAGGUGGAGGAGGAGGAGGAGGAGGAGGAGGAGGAGGAGGAGGAGACCUCUCCUCCAUCAACGCCAUGAUGUCAGCUGUGAUGUCAGCAGGGACCAUUAAUGGAGGAGAUGGAGAAGGAGGAAGUGGAGUUACCUCGGCCAACUCCUCCGCCGGCCCCUCCCCAAGUCCUUCACCCAACAAGUCGCUCCCGGCCGCCAUGCGAGCCCCCCCCAGCCGCAAUGCCCGGCGCCCCCAGGAAACCAAAGACGACAGUUCAGCUUAUAUCUGUCCACUGUGUGACAAAAACUGUCUAACACAACACCAGCUGACUAUGCACAUCAGACAGCACAACGCCGACACCGGCGCCACGGAUCACUCCUGCAGCAUCUGUGGGAAGUGUCUGAGCUCGGCGUCGUCUCUGGACCGACACAUGCUGGUCCACAGCGGGGAGAGACCCUACAAGUGCAGCGUCUGUGGACAAACCUUCACCACCAACGGCAACAUGCACAGACACAUGAAGAUCCAUGAGAAGGACCCGGCCAGCGGCCUCCUUCCCGUCAGCCCUCCGUCUCCGACCAAACGCCGGCGUCCGUCCGUGAAGAGGAGGCAGGGCCUGGAGGAGGAGAACGGAGAGGAGCCGCCCAGCAAGAAGAUGGUGGAGGAGGUGGCGGCCGAUGAGGAGGCGGCGGUGCAGCGAGGCUCGGAGGAGGAGCUGCUCCCGUGUCCAAUCUGCUUCAAGACCUGCAGCUCGAGGCUGGACCUGGACGCCCACAUGGACACGCACCCCGACACCACGCUGAGGUGUGAUCUCUGCUGCCUUUCUUUCCGAACCCACCGUGGUUUGCUGCGUCACAACGCUGGCGUCCAUAAGCUCCUCCCCCAGGACCCCAGCGGCCGGCCCUUCAUCCAGAACAACCCCUCCAUCCCCACCGGCUUCAACGACUUGGCCUUCAUCGACUUCUCCUGCAAGAAGUUUGCUCACAUCGCGCAGGUUUGGUGUGAGACCAACCUCCGUCGCUGCAUCAGCAAGUUCCACCGGUUCGUCUGUGACAGCUGCGACAAGGCGUUCCCCCUCCGCUCCGCCCUGGACCUCCACAAAACCACCUCCCACCCCGACAAACCCGACUCGGAGGAGGCGGAGGAGAAGGUGGAGGAGGACGAAGCUGCAGGAAGCGGCACUGAAAAGGAAGCUCUGUCCUCGGAGCAGGUCGACCUCAUGGAAGUACUCGGCCUUCAGCACAUCUCAAAGGUGAAGCCCACUCCCACAGACGAUGAGAUCCACCAGGCCCACCUGGACAGCAUCAGGGUGAUCCACGUGGAGCCCCCGUCCUCCAGCCUCCCCCAGGAGCCCGCCUCGGCCUACCUGUCAGGAGGUCUGGGGCUGAACCUGGGCCUGGGCGUGGGCCGGCUGGCGGCCCUCAGCAUCCCUCUGCUGGAGAGAGACGCCCUCAGCCUGUUCUCGGUGCAGCCCUUCCAGACCGGCUUCCUCCUGCAGCCCGACGGGGGCGGAGCGGCAGCCAGCGCCGCCUCGUCGGGGCUCAAACCCGGAGAGGCCGGCGGAGUCGGGAUCAUGGAGCUGGCCGACAUCCAGCAGAUCCUCAAAGUAACGACCGCAGCACCAAAUCAGAUGGGACUUCCUCCUCUGGCCAAAGCUCCUGGAUUCACUGGAGGCCAAGGUCAAGUCCAGAAGGCGAUGCCUCCGUUGAAGCCCAAACCUCCCAUCAGCCCUCGCCCCAGUCUCACGGCGACCACUCCCCCCCCCCUCCAGAGCUCCCAGCAGGCCUCUCUGGGCUGCAUCAGCCCCAGCCUCCCGCCCCCCAACCCCAACCUCUUCAAGACCCCCUCCUCGUCCUCCUCGUCCUCCUCCUCAGCUGGUAACGGCCAGAUGGACUCGGAGUACCUGGGCGACACCCACACGCCGUUGUCCGACUCGCCGCCAGCUGCUACCACCGCUGUUCACGACGAGUCCGGGCUCACGGGACGAAAGCCGGGAACCAAAGGGGGCACCCACGGGGGCUCGGCGAAGGGCUCGUACCCGUGCCGCUUCUGCGACCAGGUCUUCCCCUUCUCGGGCGUCCUGCAGGCUCACAUGCGCUUCCACCUCGGCAUCCUUCCCCACCAGUGCAACAUCUGUGACUACGUAGCCCCGGACAAAGCUACUCUGAUCCGCCACCUGCGGACGCACAGCGGCGAGCGGCCGUACGUGUGCCGGGUCUGCCACUACCCCUUCACCGUUAAGGCCAACUGUGAGCGCCACCUCAGGAAAAAGCACGGCAAGACCUCCAGGAAGGACAUCGAGAAGAACAUCAAGUACGUCACCUCCACCACCACGGCCAACAUAGCGGCGGCCAUCACCGCGGUGACCACCACCGGCCAGGACCUGGAGACGGGCGGCGGCGGCGGCGGCGGAGCCGAGACCACGUGCCGGUUCUGCGGCGAGGACCUGAAGACGUACCGGGCGCUGCAGAUCCACCUGCGCACGCACAACGGCUGCCAGAAGAAACCGUUCGAGUGCCGGCGCUGCGGAGCCGCCUUCCUGGCCAAACGCAACUGCAUCCACCACCUCCUGAAGCAGCACCCGGAGGUGCAGGAGAGGGAGAUCGAGGAGCACAUAGCCACGCUGCCGCCCGCCGCCACCGUCGCCACCACCCGCACCGUCAACGGCACCGGCACCGGCACCGGCCUGCCCCCCAGCCAAGCGCUCCCGGCCGUGAAGGUGGAGGAGCUGGUCUAUCCUGCAGGACUGGACCAGCCGCUGGACUUCUCGGCUAAGGGUCGAGGCGCUGGGAGCCAGGCCGGGUCCCCGGGGGUGAAGCUGGAGAACGUCUCCCCCACCUUCGACUGCUCCGCCCUGGACCAGCCCAUCGACCUGUCCAUCCCCAGCAAGAGGCAGCGCAGGGAGGCGGCGAGCGUCGGCGAGAAGAGGGAGAUCAAGACGGAGCAGAGCAGCGUCCUGGAGCAGCAGCUCCCCCUCCCUCCCCUGCACCCUCACCCCCAGCUCGGCUGCUACCAGCUCCCCUCCGGGUCCACGCCUCCCCCCGCCUCCCUCUCCAGCUCGGCUCGAGCCCAGCGCCUCAAACCGCUGCUGCCUAAACCCACCUCCUCCUCCACCUCCUCCUCGCCCUCCACCGGCCACAAGGAGCUGCCUCCUCUGGCCUCCAUCGCUCAGAUCAUCCACUCCGUCUCCGGAGCUCCAGACCUCCUGAAGAGGGAGGCCCCCUCGCUGGAGAGCAAACCCCCGGAGGGAGUCGCCUCCUCCCAGGUCGAUGCAGACGCCUCCGGGGCUUCGGCCGCUGUGGAGGCUCAGAGCGAGGACGUGUCCGAGGCCACGACCAGGAGGAGGUCCAGGAAGAAGCCGGCCGCCUUAGCGGUGAAGGAGAAGGUGGUGAGCGGAGGCAUCGACCUGGAGUCCAGCGGAGAGUUCGCCAGCGUGGAGAAGAUGUUGGCGACGACGGACACCAACAAGUUCAGCACCUACCUGCAGACGGGAGCAGACAUGGGAGGAAAGAGAGAUGGUGAUAGAGGAGGAGGAGCAGGAGGGGAGGAGAAGGAGGGAGGAGCAAGGGAGGAGGUGAAGCCAGUGGCAGCCUCCGCUACGACGCCUCCGUCCAAAGGGAAAAAGAACGCCUACUCCAACUCUGUCCAGAAGAUGACCUGCCCCUUCUGCCCCCGAGUCUUCCCCUGGGCCAGCUCCCUGCAGAGACACAUGCUGACGCACACCGGUCAGAAGCCUUUUCCGUGUCCGAGGUGCGACGCCUUCUUCUCCACCAAGUCCAACUGUGAGCGCCACCUGCUGCGGAAACACGGCGUGACCCACAGGACGCUGCGACGCAACGGCGCCCUCGGCAGGAAGGAAGGAGAUGAAGCCUCACACGAGAGCAACGAGAGCCAAUCAGAGACGGAGCAGGUUGCCUCAGACACACAAGAUGUUGGCGGCUCCGCCUCUGUGGAAUCAGGCCCCACCCCCACUGCAGAUAGCCCCGCCCCCAGUGAAAGCACACAGCCAAGCACCGCCCACAAAGCAAACCAAGGUUGCAGUCCAGCUACUGAAGCUGCAGACCAGCAGGAGGCAGAACCCAUGGAGGAGCCGGACCAGCAGGAGGCGCCAGAGGCCGGAGCCGCUCAGGCCAAACAGCCUCAUCAGGGCAACAAGGUGGAGAACACCGAUGAUGACGACUGCCACAGCAACAAGAGUCUGGACCUAAACUUCGGGAAGAAGCUCAUCGACUUCAAACUCACCACCUCCUCGUCCUCGGGCUCCGGUCACGAGGAGGAAUCGUCCUCCCAGCCCGCGUCCUCCUCCUGCUCCUCGUCUUCUUCGUCUGCUCCUUCCGCCUCCUCCCCCCGCGCGGCCACGGAGAACCCCGAGGACAAGGAGAAGGAGAAGACGUCGUCCUCCUCGUCUUCGUCGGUGAAGCAGCAGCCUGAGUACAAACACGUCUGUCGAGUUUGUAAGAAGAGUUUCCGCUACGCGACGACGCUCGCUCGCCACGAGAGGGCGCACCUCUCGGAGGAGACGCCGACUCCGGCGGCCGCGGACGAGACGUCGCCCGUGAAGAAGGAGGAGGAGGAGGAGGAAGAGGAGGAGGCGACGGAGAACAGAGCAGCCGAGGAGGAGGAGGGAGACGAGAAGGAGGCGGAGAUGGAGGUGGAGGCGAAGGGAGGAGAGAGCGACGGAGGAGAGAGCGGCGGCGAGUCGGAGGAGGAGGAGGAGGAGGAGGAGAAGGAGGAGAGGAGUGACGAGGAGGCGUCAGAACCAAAGAGUCUGGAGGGAGGAGAAGCUUCGGGAGGACGAGUGGACAAGAGGAAGAAGAUCUGCAACGUCUGCGGGAAAAGAUUCUGGUCCCUGCAGGACCUGACCCGACACAUGAGGUCCCACACAGGUGAGCGUCCCUACCAGUGUCAGACCUGUGAGAGGACCUUCACCCUGAAGCACAGCCUGGUCCGACACCAGAGGAUCCACCUGAAGCCUCGCGGCCCGGACGGGUCCUCGGCCGCCAACGACGACGCCAGCGAGGACGGCGACUCGUGCACGCCCACGCCCACCUCCACCUGCCCCCCCUCGGAGAACGAGAGCGAGUGUGGGAGCACCGCCGUGGGGCCCAAGGAGCUGGAGGAGGAGGAGGCCGGCGCCAAGGAGGAAGAGGAGCGGGGGGAGGAGGAGGAGGAGGAGGAGGAGGCGGCGGAGGAGGAGGAGUCGCCCUCGGCCGACGGAGACGCAAAGAAAGCAGAUCCAGAUCUUCCAGGAGCCGAGGAGAAACCCAAACCCUCCGCGGACCUGAAACCAGACUCCUCCAAAGACGCCUCCAGCUCCAGACCGGACCCCCCCCCCGCCGAGGGCUUCAUCCAGGGGCUGCUGGAGAUCCACACUAACAAGCCCCCGCUGGAGCACAUCCUGCCCAACGGAGAGCCCCCCCUGGUGGGGGCGGACUGAGGCCCACGUCACCGCAGUGCCAUAAGACACCAUCGAAGAAGAAGACGAUGAUGACGAUGCAAAAACCAGCUCAGAAACGUUUCUCUGACAGAAAGACGAGAAUCUCUUGAAGUGCCUUACUACUAGUCCAACUUCUAAAACUUCUAAAGAUGUCUUUUGCUAUAUCUUUAUCUGAAUUAUUACGGAGGAUGGAUCUAAUUUUUAUAGCUUUUUAUGAUGACAAUGAAUUUAUUAUUUUUUUUGUGCGGGGAAUCUAUUUCAGCAAUAAAAAAAGAAUAAAGUUACGAUUUAUUAUUGUUCUAGAUUUUGUUUGAGAAUUGAUGAUCAACUCUGAGGACGGCGUGAGGUGGACGGGGGUCGGGACGGACCGUCUCCGUCUCCGUCUCCGUCUCCGUGUCCUCUGUAUUUAAACCACAAGAGGCCGAAGCAGCUUUAGAUUGAAAAGCUAAAACUCGUGGCGGUGGGGACUUUUCUUUCCUUUUCAUCCACCUCUCCCACGUCUCCUUCUUCUUCUCUUUUUUUUUUGUGGAUGUGGGUGAACUCCGAGGAGUCGGCUACUCGGGCCUCCUGGUGCUCGUUUUUGUAACUGGAAAACUCAGACACGCCAGCUCCUCGUCGUCCUCGACGUCGCCCUGACUCCGGGCUCCUGACUCGGCAAAAACGGAAAAAUUAAAAACCCAGAAACAUUCACGGACUGGUCACGUUUCUGUGUGAAGAAGAACUGAAAGGGCAGAAAAUAGUGUUGGUUUCCUCCUUAAUGUUGUUGUUUUUUUAAACCCAUCACACUAUUUAUCCCUUCAUCCCUCAGAGCAGUGAGUUGGUUUGUGUGUUAAUAAUAAUUUCAUAAUCAUUCUCAGUUGAUUCCUUGUGUGUACAGAGAGCUGAACGUGUGACGUCAGGUUGUGUUUUUGUGUUUUUCUGCGUGGGUGCGAUUAUCGGUGUCGGGAGGGGAACUCUUUUUUUUUUCUUCUUUUUAUUUUUUAUUAAUAACUGAACAAAUCAAAACUCUGUUUCUCGUCAUCGUCCGUUUCUCCUCGUCGUCGCCCCCUAGUGUUCCUUUCGGGUUUCUUACAGGGCCUCAGCGCCGAUACUUGACCUGGGUUCAGUUUACCUCAACCUCUGCUUUCUAACUGCAACCGCUCAGAGACGAGCAGCUCUGUAGGCAACUCUUGAAAUCCUGCGUCUUCCUAAACGUGGCACGGCUAGCAGGCUAGCAGGCUAGCUAGCGGCUAGCAGCUAGCAGCUAGCUGAGGCCGACUUAACUGAUGUGCACAACCACUCAAACAGAGCUAAACAACUCAGCAACAGCAAGAGGAUGUAGCAGAAGCAGCGGCUCCUCCGUACAGUAUUAUCCGCUUCGGGAAUUCGGCCUUAGAGACAAUCACUAAUAAUAAUGAUGAUGACUCCAGUAAAGUGGAAUAAUUAAUGCGCUAACCCUCGGCUGUAUGAGAAGGGAGGGAGGGAUGAAUGGGAGGACAAAUGGAGCCCAGCAUCCAGACCCAGAACCAGAUCCAGAUCCAGAACCAGAACCAGGGAGAGGGUGUUGUUGGGUUUUGUGUGUGUGGGGAUGUGUUUUUCUUUUUUUUUUUUUUCGUGUGAAGAUGAGCUCAUUUCUUCCUCUUGUGCGUCUCUGAUUUAUCAUUUUUAUUAUUAAAUAUAAACUUAAAUAUAUGAAACAACCUCAUAAGCAAACGGAACCUCAGCAGCUCACGACAGAACUGAAGGCAGCGACAGUCGGUGAAAGUUAAGACAAAUGAUACGAGCUCUGACUGAUCUCUGCUCUGAACUGGCACUAACGACUUCCUAACUACUACUACUACUACUACUACUACUACUACUACUCUUUGUACUACUACCAUUGAGACACAAUCAAGAGAAAGAGGGUCAGGUUGCUCGGGUUUGUCAUGAAACCGUUUGAUUAGAAAGAAGCGGCUCAGGAUUAAAGGACGGAAAUAGUUGUUUUCAAACUAAAUUAUUCGCCUUCAGUGAUAAAUUCAGCAUCUUUUCAUUUUCUAGCGUCUCCUGCAGCUUAAAGACGGAUCCAAGCUAACGAAACAAAUCUGUUCAUUAUUCUCUCCAGGUCCUUUCUUUUAUUACCCCCCCCCCGUCUCUGUGCACCCUCUCUCUGGGGACUUUGUGUUCACGUUUGUGUGUUUGUGUUUGUGUGCGCGGCCAUAUGAAUACUGGACUUCCAUUCGAAUGCACGUGGACUGUUUUUAAAUGUAUUUAUUUGGAGCCCAGGCGAGUGCGAGCUGGUUUUUUUGUGUGUGUGUGUGUGUGUGUGCGAGUUGUUCUGCGAUGACUUGAGAAGAAGCCAUGUAUUAAAAUAUAAAAUAUAUCACGUUGAUGCUGCCGAACUGUUUCUUUUUUGUUUUUUUUGUUGAGGAACUGGUUUGUGUUGUGGACUCGCCGGCCGUACGGACGCCGCUCAGCCGGCUGCAAAUCGGACUAGCAAUAAAAAAAAAAUCCCUCUGAAUCCAAAAAAAAAAAAGCUUUAUGUAGAUGUCCUGUUUCUGAACCGAGACCAGAACGUCUGCGUCUGAUGGUUUAUUUUUUAGUUUGGCUGAGAAUUUCUUUCUUUUUUUUUUUUUUUUUGGAUGUUUUAUUUUUUUUUCUCUAUGACAUAUAAAUGCGUAUAAAACUGUGAAAAUCCAUUGUGUUCAGUUAAGGGGUGAGUUUUAGGUUUAGUUUAAUUUUUUUUUUGCAUGUUAAUCUAAUUUGUUCAAUUAUGGAUGAUUUCUUCUUUCUCCAUCACUUCCUGUGCUACAGUAUAUAUAUAAAUAUAAAAGUAUAUAUAUAUAAUCUCGCUCUCAGGGUCUUUCACCGAUUCAUUAUACAAAGUCUUCAUGUUCUUAUUUCCUGAGUUGCAUCUGAUUGUCUCUCUCUCUCUUUUUAUUUUUUUUUAUUUUUAAUAAUUAUGAUCCAGAUCUGUCAAUCACUACAUUUAGCACUUGACUGUGAACUAGUCAUCACCAAACAGAAAGUGUGGUUGGAUUUUUGGUUUUUAUUUAAGCCAGAUUUCAUUGACAUUUUUGCUUCUGUUCCCUCUCUCUUCUCUCUCUUUAUUUACUUUUUUUUUGUUUUUUUGUUUAAGUCUGUUUUCUUGUUCUCGGGUUAAACUCUCCUGUCUAACUUUAUUGUCCCUGUCGGAGGCGAACGGGAACUUUAAACACAUGCUGGACCUCAAUCAGAAAGCAUUAACACACAAUCGUCUGCAGAACUUUUGAUUUCCCCUCCUCGCCUCAUCCUCCCUGUGCUGUUAGUAAUAAAACAUGACAGUGUUUCACCAAGUCAAGAUGUAAAACUGUUCUGUAUUCAACCCAAUAAAAAAAAGCAAUAAAGAUUAUAUUAAGGAAAGGUGUGUGAAUCAAA